AACAUGCUAUUAAAAACCUUAAGACAGCUGUGCGUUUGGUCAAGGCCUGCAUUUUGCACAAGAUCCUACAGUGGUGGAUCUACGAUUUUCACUGGUAGUGGACAGGUGAUGUUGCAGCAGAAUGACACCUCAGGCAUUGCUGUGGUUACAUUGGAUAAUCCAGGGAAGAAAAAUGCUCUGUCGGGAUCUAUGAUGGUUCAGUUGGAAGAGAUAGUUAAGAGACUAGAGAAAUGGGACACUGGUAAAGCUGUGAUAGUAACUGGAAAAGGCCAUGACUUUUGUACAGGAGGGGAUCUAGAAUUUGUCCGAAAUAAUCUAAACAGAGAAAGUGGUCACACAAUGUGCACACACAUGCAAGGAACACUGACAAAGUUGAAAAACUUACCUUUAAUAAGUGUGGCUUUGAUUUGUGGUAUGGCUGUAGGGGGUGGGGCAGAACUCUGUACAGCUUGUGAUUUUAGACUUGUCACAGAAGGUGCUAGAAUAGGAUUUGUCCAGCUUAAAAUGGGUGUGGUCACAGGGUUUGGAGGAGGCACAAGAUUGACAAAAAUAAUUGGCAGGUCAGAAGCGAUCAAAGUUCUUUGUUCUGGAAAGGUGUUAAAGGCAGAAGAAUGUCGGAAAAUUGGAUUAGUUGAUGACAUUUUAUCAAAUACAAAUGAACCUUUUGCUAAUGCAGUAGAAUGGAUUCAAAAUAAUUUCCCACAUGAAAGGUCCUUGACCAGGAAAAUGAAAGAAAUAAUUGUUGGUGCAACAGAAUUAGAUUCACAAAGUUCAUUAGUUAAUGAAAAAGAAAUUUUUGUACCUACCUGGAGUUCCCCAUUGCAUGUUAGUGCUGUUAACAGCAAUAUCAAGCAUAAAGAGUGAAUUUUAUAUAAUGUAAAAAAAAUUCCUGAAAUUAUAAUUUUAUUAUUAGGAGUUAAUUUGAAAAGAAUAUUCUAUUUGA